AUGGUUUUACCUGACUCUGGAAUUGCUGGGAACAGCGCACCUCUUCCUCCGGCCAAUGGUGGUAUCAGUGAUAUGCUUUUCUUUCCAGACACACAUGAGCUUCUUUGGCUGGAAGGUGGCCGGCUGCUCCGCUCCUGGAUGGACAAAACCCAACGCCGUGAGCUCGCAGUCUUACCUGGAGAUGCCAAUGUGUCUGAGCUACUGAAUGUCACUGGGAACGGCCCAAGCUUGGGCUCUCACGGUGAAGAUGGGGCAAUUGCUUGGACACAGCAGGACUCAACGGCCGUGAUUCUCUUUGCGUCACUGGUGACCAAGAAGCUGUGGAUUGCAAGUCUUUCAUCAAUUCCACCCCGAGAACCUUCUCAUGUUGGGCCUUGGCUUCAGGUGCCUGGUGCAACUAUCGAAAGCAGCAAACCAGAUGCAUCAGGAGCUCCACUCCUGUUAGCCAGUGAUGGCACUGUUUACUGGACUGAUGCUCUCCACUUCCGUUCCUGGACUGCUUCCGCUGCCCUCCAGGCAGCUUCUGAGAACCCCACGUCCCAGUCUGCUGCUUUGGCGAACUUGACUGAAUGGGGCGAAGUCCUCUUAGCACAACGCACCGGCGAUGGUGGCCUACUGUGGGUUCGACGGCCUCCCACGGCCGCUCGUUGGCGAUUGGAGCUGAUCCUUCGCCCGGAUUUGUUGCACCUCGGACCCAACGACAACUUGGCGGAUGAAAACGUGCGGAGUCUACACGAAUUUCUGGAAGGUGAUCUUCCGUCAGGGCUGGCGGUGCCACCGAAUCCAGGGCCUGGAUUGCCGUACAGAGGUAAUUUGACUCGGCUUUUUCAGCAGGUCUAUUGGUCGAUCUCCGGGCCGGAGACGCAAGCCCGAAUUGAUCAUUUAGACAUGGAGACUGGGAAGAUCUCCACUUUAUCGUAUGCUGCUGGUCUGGAACGUCGUGGUGCCAUGACCGUGCGGCCAGGUGCUCUUAGCCACUCGCUCCAAAUGGUGGCGCGAAAGGUCGGGUGCCUCUACUUGAGAGUUUGGGAAGAAUGCAGGAUUUGUACGGAAGAUCAAUGUGACACGUGCUUCCUUGAUACUCAGGACUGGGUUGUGAAGCAAUGGUACUCCUCGCAUGGCCUCUUCUCAAAUUGCCUUUGGCUUUGGCCUGCUGAUCAGGCGGCCUGGUUUGUCCGCACCGAAGUGCAGCAAGCCAAAGAGAAAGGGCUUUUGCCCGAUGAUUUUGUGGCUCAGGAGCUUCCACCUGAAGGAGCUACUCCCCCGAGCGCUGUAGCGACGGUUCCACCUACGGUCACUAUCACGACCGCAACACCCACGGCGACUGCUUCAACGUCCACCUUUACCAUGACUUCGACCACCAGCACAUCAAUGACACUCUCCAUGACCAAUCCUUGCAUAGCACUUGAGCCGCCAGAAGGAGAUCACAGUCGCAUAGAUCACCCUUGGAGUUCCAUCAGAUGUGGCCAAGUCAAGCCUGUCAACUUACUGUAA